AUGAACGCGCGUGUGUCAAAUCUGUGGGAGUUCUUUGUGACCCUGCAGUAUCUGGUUACCAUGGGGAAUGAUGACAUUAACGACGCUAUGGAGCGGUUGGAAAUGCUACAGGCGGAUUACUCACAGCGUGCGGCACUCGCGUUUUGGGUCCUACUUCACAGCGUGAGCGUCACGAUUCAGCUGCAGCUGGACAUGUUCGAGGAAUCCUAUAGCCCGGCUUAUGAAGCAUGGGAGUACUUAAUGGACACUUACCAGGCAAAAGAUUCGGUGGUGAAGGUCUCUCUCAUGAAGCAGUUGGACAACCUGAAAAUGGGGAGUCAAGAGAGGGUGGAGGAGUACGUCAACCGUGCAACAAAAAUCCGGGAUAAGUUAGGACUCGUAGGGAAGAUGGUGGAUGAAGAUACCUUCACCUUAAACCUCCUCACCAAACUACCGGCACAUUGGGAGGAGAUGAGACACUCGGAAAUGCUACACAACGUGAUGGACAGCUUCACAUUGCAGCGGAUUAUGAUUCAGGAGCAGAGAUAUCACGACCUCAUCACGAAGGCUGACCGUGACCGGCGUCCACCUCGCAUGGCUGGACAAGCCCAUGGAGACCGCUCACCUUCUCCAACUGCUAAGGGCAGCAGCAAGAAGGAGGGGUUUGGAGAGAAAACGCAUGGCAAGGAAGGAGGUGCGGAUCGCUCACCUCUUGUGUGUUGGUACUGCAAGGAGCCAGGCCACCCCUUCUUCAAGUGCACCAAGGCACCCCCUGGCUGGUCACCACUAGGGUGGAAACCGCAUACCAGCAGAAUGUCAAAACUGCACAUCGGCAAUAGUCGUUCGUUCUCUCCACAAAGGAGUCGCAACCCCAAGCGUGACAACAAUGCGUCACUACAGCAAGGAGUAGUUGGGGGAGACAACCAACGUACUGUCACAUGCAUUGCAACGGUGCAAUCUUCACAAGCAACCUUACCCUCGGCUAGAGGAUCGUCAUGGUUGCUGGACAGCGGAUGCAGCCAGCACAUGACUUCGGACGAGCGCUGGUUUGAAGAGUUAAAGGAGCUGGACGAACCUGUUUAUGUGGAGCUCGCUGAUGGAAGCCAUUUGAGUAGCACGAUGACGGGAAUGAUCAGAGCAACGUCAUCUGAUGGGACAACGGUUCGCUACACUGAGGUCCUCUACGUACCUGGCUUGAAGAACAACCUGCUCUUCUUUUGUCAGCUGUUGAAGAAAGGGGCUCACAUCAACACGUUUGCUGAUGGAAAAACCGAAAUCACCAUGUUUGAUGGAGACGAGUGUGUGCGGAUUGGACUUGGCAAGGACGUGCAUGGAGUUCUUAUGGUAAAGGAUGAGCCGACACUUACAUCUGCCCAUGAUCCUGGACAUUCCCGAGAUGGUGCGUCAUCGAAAAAGCAUGGUCGUGAAGGGGGUACACCUUUGUGCACACCUGGAGUGCACUUGGAUGCCCAUGGGAGCAUACUUUUCCCCACACCUGGGACCCAUUCUGCAUGCCGCAUGGCACUCAAAGCUUGCGUCGUGCGGAAUUCGGCACGUAAGGUUCACACAAACAUUGAGUCACCGCGGUCUUUUGCGGACAUGCUGCUAGACGCUGGGUCUUUGCUUAACCACCAGCAUCAUGACGAUGAAGUCACACCCCACAUUGCAGUGUGGACUUCAGGGGGAGAAGGAUAA